AUGGCUAAAAGAACAUUAGGACUAGGUAAUAGAGCAAAAUCAAAGAAGCAAAAGGUUGAAGAAACGCAAGAACAAGAAGAACAAGAAGGUCAAUUGACAGUUGAAUUGCCUGAAGAAGUUGAUCCAAAUGAUGAAUUAGGUCAAUUGAAAGGAUUAUAUCAAUCGUAUUUAUCUGAUAAAUCAGAAUUAAUACUUAAUGGUAUAAUACAUGAAUGUGAUAGAUUAUUAAGAAAUAAAAAAGAAGGUGAUGAGGUACUUCCUGCUUUAUUUUAUUCAAUUUAUGGUAAAUCUUUAAAUGAAUUAUCACAAUUUUGUGAAAAUACUAGAGAAAUUCUGGAUUUUAUUUCCAAUGGUCUUGAAAGAAUAGAUAACGGGUUAGAGAAAUAUCCAAAAGAUGCUGAUUUAUUAUUUGCAAAAGCUAAAAUUAUAUUAAAUGAAAUCUUAUUUACUAUUUCAACUUUAAAAAUUGAUUCUGAAAAUGAACCAUUAAGUAAGAGAUUAGAUGAAGCUUUACAAAUUUAUGAAAUUGCUGAAUCAAGAGCAAAAAGUGAGGAUUUAAAUGAGGAGACAUUAAGUAUAAUUCAAGAUUUUGAUGAUUUACUUGAAGUUGUAGAUAACUUUGGAAAACCACAAAAAGAGGAAGAAGAAGAGGAUGAAAAUGACGAGGAGGAAGAGGAAGAUGAAGUAGAAGUUAAAUUAGCUGAAACUCAUCCAUUACAUACUAUGAAAACAGAUGAUAAAUAUAAUUUAUGGUGGAGAGAACAUACUCAAACAUUCCUCGAUAAUGUAAAAGAUGAAAAUUUAAUCAAACAAGUUAAUAAACUAUUAGGACAAUCUUAUUUACUAGAAGCUGAAAUUCCAACCAAUGCAUUCACAAGUUUAGCUUAUGAUGAUGAAUAUGCUGGUAUUGAAGAAUUAUAUGGACUCAAAAAAGAAGAAGCUCGUAAAAUCUCCAUUGAUUUGAUUAAUAAAGCUUUAACAUAUCUUAAAGCUGCUAAAGAUGAAGAAGAGCCAGAUUCAUGGGCAGACAUAGCUGAAGCAAUGAUUCAAUUGGGUAAUUUAUAUGAAGUUGAUUCUGAAGAACAAGAAAAAUUGUAUAAAGAAGCCGAAGAAAUACUUAAAAAAGCAAAUAAUGUAACUAAUGGAUUAUAUGAAGAUAUAUUAGACAAUUUGAAAGCAUAA